AUGAUUAAAUCAUCUCUAAUACUACUAGUAGUAUUUUCAAUAGUAAUAGUCCGAUCACAAGAAGCAUUGUCAGGAUGUGGAGUUGGAUCCGCGAUAUACAAUGAUGCCUAUGCCAAUUGGUCCGAUGGACAAGGAGCAUGCACCUUGCCAACACCAUCUGAGAUUGGUGUUGCAGGUUUGAACAAGUUCUAUAUGAAUGCUCAAUCAGGCUCUGGAAUGUGUGGAACUUGUUUCAAUCUGACUGGUCCAUCAGGUUCCACAUUGGUCAAGGUUGUGGACAGCUGCAAUUCAGUGGCACUGUGCACACAGACCACUCAUGCGCACUUUAUCAUCUCGCCAAAGGAUUUCCAAAAGAUCAAUGGUGCGUCCCUAUCAACCAUGUACAAUGUUGGCUACCAAAUGGUUGCCUGUCCAUUGUUUGAUGACUUCAAGGUCACCAUGAUCCCAGCCGACACUGGCUCCUAUCAGUACUACUUUAGUGCUGGUCUGUCUGGUUACUCUCUGCCUAUAAAGUCAGUUGAGGUCACUGUUGCCGGUGUCUACACCAAGAUGAAGUAUCAAGGUGGUCUCUGGGUUUGGAACAAGGCUGCAACUGCUUUCAGCUUCCCAUCAAAGAUGAGAAUCACAUCGCAGACCAAUGAGCAAGCCAUUGUAUCUUUGGAUGACCCACCCACUGCUCCUCUUGUAGUACCAGCCUUUGUCCAAGAUGCUCUCGAAGCUCCAUGUGGUGCACCAGCCGCAUCACCAGCCAUCUAUGAUAAUGCUUUGGCUCAAGGAUGGUUUGAUGCCAGCUGGCACUCAAGUGAGAAGACCUAUACGGAUACAUCAGUGACCACUGGUACCAACAUUGCCAUUGGAUUGGAGCCCUUGGGAGGACUCAAGAUGUCCAGCCUCAACCCAGUACCAACAGGAAAUAUCAUUGCUCUACAGUUUGAUGCCAUGUCAAACGUUAGCAACGCAGUGUUUGCCCUUUCAUUGAACAGUGACAAGAACCUCAGUAUCGCAAUCGACACCAAGUUUGAGACUUACAAUGUCAGUAUGGUCGAACUUGGAGCUCACGCGACCGAAUCAGCAGUGGUCUUCCAGAACAUCCAAGGCACCGGAGUAAUGUUGAAGGUGGCCAAUGUUCAUUGGGUAUUCGAUGAUACCGUUGGAGAGCCACCAAAGGGAAUUGUCACGCUACCACCUCUUCCAUCACCCAAUGAAGGAGGUCCUCGUCCACACUCACCAUCGACAGGAACAUCAACUGGAGCCAGUGUGACAUCUGGUGGCACCACCGAUGGAUCAGACGAUCUGUCCUCGCCAAGCCGCGGAGGAUCAAAGAUACCACCACCAAGGACUCAAGUAGGUGCCCAUGACGAUAGUACCUCAUCUAAUCACUCAAGUGGCUGGAGAACAUCAGUUGUUCCAGGCUUCUAUGCUGUCAUCCUAUUAUUAUCGGCAGUUCUUUUGUUGUAG